AUGGCCUCCAGCCCCAAACUUGAAGGCUGCGCUCAUCACAUAGACUUCUUGGAGAAUCAUGUCGCCGAUUCACACAACUCAAAUCUUCGAGAUGAUAAAGGCGUCUCUUUGGACCCUGAGUCAAGCAAAGCAGAAGGGUUGAAACUCACUUCAAACGGACAUAUUGUUCUAGUGCCCCAACCUUCAGAGAAUUCCCUGGAUCCGUUGAAUUGGACCUUUGCCAAGAAACACGCCGUGAUUGCAAUUGUUAUUGCGUGUUCUUUCUUGCCAGACUAUGGCAGUGUCACUGGCGCUGCGACCUUGGCACAGCAAGCAGAGGAAUACGGAAACUCGCUAAAUGAAGUCAAUCAUUCGCAAUCUGGGAAUCAAUUUAUGGUAGGCGCGGGUGGACUUAUUGCUGUUAUAUUCUCCGCAUACUUCGGUCGUCUACCGGUGCUUUUCUGGUUUAUGGUCGCUGCUUUUGCAACAGCUGCUGGUCAGGCUGGCUCGAAUGGGUUCAUGGGAUUCUUCAUACCGCGAGUCAUGAACGGUUUCUUCUCGGGAGUUGCUCAAGGAGGCGGCUUGAUGUUUAUUAAGGAUCUGUUUUUCCUUCAUGAGCACGCGCGCAAGAUCAAUCUUUGGCAGUCGUGUGUGAUUCUUUCUCCUUUUCUUGGCCCUCUUCUGGCAUCAUUUAUGACCAUCAGCCUAUCCUGGAGGUGGCCAUUCUGGAUAUAUACAAUCCUGACCGGCUUCGCUCUCCUGGGAGUUGUCCUCUUUGGCGAGGAAACAUUUUACAACCGCCUAGUUCCACCAUCAGAGCAGCCAGUCCCUAGCUCUCGGUGGCUGCGGCUAAUGGGCGUUGAACAAUGGCGAUCUCGCUCACAGAGAAACUCGUUCAAGGAAGCCGUUUCACGGUCUUUCGCUGUUCUUGGGAAACCAGUUAUUCUUCUCACAAACCUCUAUUACAUCUGCAUCUUUGCAUGGCUCGUCGCCAUCAACGCAACGCUUCCCAUCUUCCUUACUUCCCUGUACGGAUUUGGACCUAAACAGAUAGGGUUUAUGUAUUUUGCUCCAGUUGUCGCAGCGAUUAUUGCAUAUACCCUAGGCCGCUGGCUCCAUGAUGCGCUGGCAAAAUUCUACAUCCGACGAAACGAAGGCCAAUUUCACCCCGAAUCACGGCUAAUAAUUGUGUGGCUCGCAAUGCCAUUUAUGCUCUCCGGUCUAGUGAUAGUUGGUUUUGCAUUGCAACGCCAUUACCAUUACAUGCUAGUCGCGCUGGGUUGGGGGCUCUACACCUUCGGCAUGAUUAUCAACUCCGCCAGCGUGAAUAUGUAUGUGCUGAAUUCCUACCCGGAAGCCAGUGGUGAAGUUGGGAUGUGGAUCAAUUUCUCACGCACUGCUGGGGGAUUCAUUAUCAGUUAUUUUCAGGUCGACUGGAUUAGUCGUGUAGGUGCAGAGGCGGCAUUCGGGACCCAAGCAGCUGUUUGUGCAGCUGUCUUUCCAGUGAUCAUUUUGUUGCAAUUCCGUGGUAAGCAGUUGAGAUCUUGGGGAGGCGAAUUAAAUUUCAAGACAAAUUAA